UUUCCACUCCGAACACAUGGACUUGUGGUGGUGGUGGGGGAGCCGAGCAAUCUGAGCCUGGCUGUGGGGAGGAGUCUGUUCCCAAUGUUCCCCCAGCCUGAGAUCAUUGAUCCGAGCUCCCCUCCUCUGCCCAGCAGGAGCCCCCAGCCUCAUCCUUGGUGGGGUGGAGAGGCCAGGCAGUUGCCAUGCUAUAGAGGGGCCCGCGAGGAGAGGCGGGAAGGAAAGGGCUCUGAAGGGAGCAUCUCAGUGGGACUGGUGGGAGGAGGACGCCUGUCAUGUUCGCCGAGCUGCUCUUCCAGGCUGUCUGGAUAUCUGUGCUCCUUCAAGGGGCCCAAGGGAGAGUCUACACGGGAAGGAAGAAACUUGCCAACUUCGGCGUGGAGAGACGUCGCAUCGGACCACAUGUUUGCCUCUCUGGUUUUGGAAGCGGAUGCUGCCCUGGGUGGAUACCAUCUCCAGGCAGCGGACAGUGCAUCCUGCCACUUUGUGCCUUUGGCUGUGGCAGUGGCUUCUGCAUUGCUCCCAACGUCUGUUCUUGCAGGGAUGGAGGGCAGGGCAUUACCUGUCAAGACCCUCCUGGUGCCUGUGGAGAGUACGGCUGUGACCUUGCUUGCAAUCACGGAGGCUGCCAAGAGGUGGCGCGGGUGUGUCCAUUGGGAUUCUCCAUGAGUGAGACCGCCAAUGGUGUACGUUGCACAGACAUUGACGAGUGCCUGAGUGCCUCCUGUGAGGGGCUUUGCAUGAACACUGAAGGUGGCUUCGUGUGUGAAUGUGGCCCAGGGAUGCAACUCGCUGCGGACCGACACAGCUGUCAAGAUACUGAUGAGUGUCUAGCAACACCCUGUCAGCACCACUGCAAGAACAGCAUUGGCAGCUAUCGAUGUUCGUGCCAUUCUGGCUUCUACCUGCAUAGCAACCAGCACUCCUGUGUGGAUGUGAAUGAAUGCCGGCGACCCAGCGAGAAGCGAACCUGCCAGCACUCCUGUCACAACACACUGGGGAGUUUUAUGUGCAGCUGUCGCCCAGGCUACCGGCUCAGCAUGGACAGAGUAUCCUGUGAAGGUUUUUCGAAGACCAUCCUGGCCCCAUCUCCCAUUUUGCAAUCUCUCCAGCACCCACCAACUCUGCUGCGCCUUUCUCCAGAAUCGAUGGUGCCUGUCUUGCCCCCCAGGGGCUCCGCUCCAUCCCGAGCGCCUGCUCCCCACAGCGUACUCAGAACUCCAUCUCCUUCCUUGCACCUUUCCAUUCUUCCUGUGCUCCCACCUGCAGCUUCUCCCACCCCUUCAUUCACUCCACCCAGUCCCUCCCUUGGCACACCCUUCUCAGGAAGGACUGCCAGGCCUUCCUGGUUGGAGGGCCCACUGCCACCAUCACUGUUGCGAGACGAGAUGACGCCCCCUCCCACAAGCCCCUCUGCUCGGUCAGUUUCCCCUGUAGCCCUGCCUUCCAUCUGCUGGCAUGGAGGGGUUUUCCAUAAGAAUGGCAGCCGCUGGAUAGAGCCAGGGUGUCUGAACUGCUCUUGUGAGGGUGGGCAAGUGCUGUGUAGAGCCAUGAUGUGUGAGGUUGCCUGUUCCCAUCCACUUCCUCCUUUAGAGGGGGAGUGCUGUCCUAGUUGCACAGGCUGUUUCUAUUAUGGGAUUGCCAGAGCUGAGGGGGAUGUUUUCUCUCUCUCUGAUGAGAACUGCACAGUCUGCGUCUGCCUGGAGGGCAACGUAUCCUGUAUCUCUCUAGAAUGUACACCCGGUCCAUGCUCCAGUUCUGCUCAGACUGACUGUUGUCCCUGCCAGCCAGCAGAGUGCCAUUUCCGUGACCAGACAUAUGCAGAGGGGACCGAAUUCAGCCUGGAUGGUGAUGAUUGCACCACCUGUGUGUGCAGGCAAGGUGAAGUUGAGUGUUCCUUCACUCCCUGCCCCACGCUGGAGUGUCCCCGCGAUGACUGGCUAUUGACCCCAGGGCAGUGCUGCUUCACCUGCCGAAAGGCUGCUCCCAUGACAGGUUGCUUUGUGGAUGACAAUGGAGUUGAAUUUCCAAUUGGACAGAUCUGGUCUCCGGGUGAUCCCUGUGAGUUAUGCAUCUGCCAGGCAGAUGGCUCAGUGAGCUGUAAGAGGACAGAUUGUUUGGAGACGUGCCCUCACCCAAUCCGGAUCCCCGGACAGUGCUGUCCAGAUUGCUCAGCAGGCUGCACCUAUGCAGGAAGGAUCUUUUACAACAACGAGACAUUCCCCUCUGUGUUAGACCCAUGCCUAAGCUGCAUUUGUUUGCUGGGCUCCGUGGCAUGUUCUCCUGUAGACUGUGUCAUCUUUUGUACAUACCCGUUCCACCCAGAAGGAGAGUGCUGCCCAGUUUGUCAUGACUGCAAUUACAAGGGGAGGAAAGUGGUGGAUGGACACAAUUUUGUACCAGAAAGUGAACCCUGCAUUCAUUGUACCUGCCAGCUUGGAGAGGUGAGUUGUGAGAAGAGGCCCUGUCCAAGCACCUGUGCAGAGCCCUUUGGGCCCCCUAUGCAUUGCUGCCCUGGCUGCCAAGGUAAUGAAGUUCCAGAUGGCCUGACUUCACUGGAGAAUAGCCUAGCCAAUUCUCACUUGGAAGAUGGCGGAUUAGACACAGCUUUGCAAGCCUUCCAAAGACAUUCCAUGGACCUGAUGAAUGACAGAAACUGCAGCCUCAGUGCUCCCAUUCCCACACCUGCCUCACUUCAUCCAGAGGUUCAUCUUGGGGCAAGUAAUUCAAACGCUUGGGAGAUUCCACCAGUGAGCCCAACUGCACCAGAGAAUGGUGGGCUCCAUCAUACCAGACCAGGAGGUCCCAUCAGACUGCGUUUCAAUAGGCCACCAAGUGCCAAACCCUCUUCUCCUUGGCUGGGCCAUUCUGCAGUUCCUCAGAUAAGACCAGGGUCUCCUUUGCCACUUCCAAAAGGGCCAGAAAGCACCAGGCCUCCUCCCACCAGGCCAAGGCCCUUUGGUUAUCCUUUGACUCUCAUUACAAGGACAGUUGGAUCCUCUGUGCCCUCUACUGCAGUUCAUGCUUCCACUCCACUCACUGCAGCUAACCUGACAGAUUCCAUCACUGCCCCCUGUCAGGCUUCAGAUACCCGCAGCCUUCCUCUGUCACCUCCAGUUGAAAUACUUCCCCCUUCAGCCAGCCCCAGUCUAGACCCUCCUCAAGAACUUCAAAAUGGGAGAUCAUCAUCACACACAACAGGUUCACCCAUGGACCAGCAAACUGUGAGGAGCAGCCGUGCAUUUCCCCCUGGUGAUGAGAAUAACCUCAGUAGCAGUGCUCCAUAGCUUAAAGGAAAGGCCAGGCCUAUUUUUGAACAGAAGGAACAUAACCACUUUUAACCUCAUUGGUGUAGGAGACCUACAAACAAGGCUGCCACUAGUGGUGUGAGCUGGUCCUGCCACUACAUAUCCCUGACAAUUUACACUUUCUGUUUUCUCAGAGAGCAGGUCUAAUUUGCAGGGGCAUUUAUUCAGCCGCAUCUAGUGUUGAGGUGACAAGUCCUGUUUGGGCCCUUACCUAAUCAAUGUCUCCUUGGAUGUAGAACACCGUGGCAUAAUCCCCACCCCACACUUUUUUUUUUUUUGCAAUCCCAAUAUAAAGAUUCCAGCACAGUCUCCUGCCCCUUCAGAACACUGCUAUAGAGGGACAUAUGUGGCAGGACAAAGGACAAAUUCUAGUCACGCUUCUGCUGUGUGUUGUGGUACUGGCCUGCUGCCAUCAUGGGAAGUAAUCCCUUGCACACUAAAUAUCCUCACAACAGGUCUAGCACAGGUAUCCUGUUGCUGUUUGCAGCAGGGAUGGGAACUUCAGGGAUAAUGAUUCUGAAGGAAAGUUGGCCAGUUUUCACUGAAGUCCAACUAAGUCUUAUUUAAUAGAACCAUACUGUGUAGUUCACAGAUGUGUAUGAAAUUGCCUCUGAUAGUGGGACAUUUCCACGCAGUCCUUUAUUGCUUUGUACACCCUGGUAGACCUGCUACCAGAGUUCUGAAAUUCCGAUUAUAGUAUACACCAGCUAGAUUUAUGCAAACACUAAAAUAUGUGUGGUAUCUAAAUGUAAACAUGCUUUUUUCCUAGUUUGUAGGUAAAUUUGCAUUUUGAAAUUUAAGAUUUUGACAUGAAUUUCAUUUAUGAUUUCCUUGCUGAGGCAUGUCACUCACCAGACUCCCUGAAAGUGGUUUGACCCUUUUGGAUUUGUUUCAGGCUUUAAAGAUGUUUGCAACCAGCUCCUGAAACUGGUGGCAGAACAGCUUCAGAGAGGUGUCUAAUAAGGAUACAUCUGUACUGGACAUUUGAAACCAGACUAAUUGCCUUGGCUUCCCCUCUCCCCUCCCCUUGAAUUCUGGGAACUGUAAUUUUGUGAGGUUGCUAAGAAUGCUUUAUUGGCCCCUUUACGAAACAGAAUUUCCUAAAAUUCCGUGUUUAUGAAUCAUGGCUGUCAAUUAGCUUUGGAACGUAGUUUGGAAAAUAGCUUGUAGGAUCUCCAACACGCAUCUGACCUCCUCAAUCCAGGCUUCAGGCUGUAUGUUCUGGUUCCUCUGCCUCCCAUUAGGCAGAUGGAAAGCAAUGCAUUUCUAACUGUGCAUUCAAUAUUGCUGGCUUCUUGGUGUCAGUCAGGACCAGCACCAGACUUAGAGUGGGCCCUUGGCAUAGCACUGUAGAUGCUCCAUCAAUGUUGGGAUCCCUAUGGAACCAUUAGGCCUCUGCUGUCAUUGCCACCCCAUCCCCAGCUAUCAUGUGCUCUUGGGGUUUACAGUCUCAGGGAAGUGGGCAAGUGUAGUCAAGUCUAGUUUCUUCUGGACAGGUCAAGUCAGGCAGGAUAAAGUCCAGAUGAGCCAUGUGUCUCUUAGCAGGGAUCAGAACCCGGGGCAGCUCCCAGGGGGGCCUGCUGGCUGAGCCAUGACAAGGAGCUGAUGCCAUCUGAGGCAGGCAAGACCGUUCCUGCCAUUAAGCCCCACUUCCUUAAAGGAGCCGGCAGUGAGUUCCUUAAAAUACCUUUGCCUGAUUCUGUACCCUUUGGCUUCUGCAAGGGCUAGGAGAUGGGGAUGAUGCUAAGAACUCACCCUCUGGCCAGGAAGGCCUGGAAGAAGCUGCUAAAAAAUUUCCCCUGGAGAAGGUGGCCGGAACCUUGACCUCAUCUGAGUCCCACUCAUAGCUCUGUGGGGCCCAAGUCAGGGGCCAUGACACUGACACUUCUGCAACUGCCAGUCGCUCCCUCUCCCUAGUGUGCUUACAUCAGCAUUGUAGUGAGAUGCAAGGCUGGAGCCAGGCUUGAGUGGAUCCCCAGCAUAGUCAUGCCCACCCAGGGGCAAGCUGGCAAUUGCAGCAGUGCCAGGACCAGCAACUAUGCAAGGAGCAGUUGGAAGAUGGUGGCAGGUGGCAGCAAUGUGAUAGGGCCCCAGGAAACGUGUGAGACCCGAUAGUCCUUGCUAGGGUGCAUAGGCCCUGACAGCUGCCCAAAUAUGCCAGGUUCUGAUGCCAGGUCUGCUGUCAGUACAGGGAGGGUCCAUGGAAGAGUCCAUCCUGUCUGUCUCUCAGAUAUCCCCCACUCUUUUAGUUUGGAGGUCAGAGACGGCAGGUGGCUAUUAUGAGGCAGGCCCUAUUCUUAAACUGUUAUUAUUACUGAAUAUUCAUUAUCUCAGUCUCCCACAGCAUCUUCAUCUUUUGACCACCAAAAGGCCAGUUUUGUAUGAUCCUUUUGCUCAUUAACAAGGCUGCUUGUUCUUUGUCUGGGCCCAAAAAUGCUCUCAUUGUGAAGAAGUUGACUGAGCAAUCUUCAUGAGAAAAACCAAAGCACCUGGAAACCUUUCUAGAGCAGUAGCAUUCAAACUCAUGGUCUGUCCUAAUAUACUUGUACCCUUUUCUUUUCCAAAGAACUCAGAGAGGCUUACGCAUAGUUCUCCAGGCAUUCUCCCAUCCAGACAUUGUUCAAGGCUAGGGCCACUUACCUUCAGCAAUACAACUGCAUCAUGCAACAAAUCAUAAGCAUGUUUUGUGCCUGAAUUCAUGAACAGGCCACCUCCAAGCCAGGCUUACCAAGGACACAAAAGCCAGUAUGGAUUAAUUUGUAGCUAUCGCAACAGUAUAAUCUCUUUGCAGGCAGAGAGCCCACAUGUUAUGAGCCUGGUCUGGGAGUCCAGAGUCCUCAGUAUAAUUACAUGAUCUGCAACAGACUCCCUUUUGGCCCGGUUCUCAGGCAUUUUCAAUCCCUAAUCUGUGAAAGGGAUGAUAGAACUCCUCUACCUCAUAGGACAUAUUUACAAUACAAAGCUAUAGUGGUUUUAUACUGUGUUAAUCGUAACUUGCAACAGGGAAUCCCAAGAAUAAUAGUCUGAUGAGAGUGCUGAGAAUUCUAUUAGAGAUCCAUGCACUCCUACUUGGAACUAUAGUUCCCAGGGUUCCCUCUGUAAGAGAGAAUGACAAACCAUUCUAAGCCUACAGCAUGGACUACGCCCAUAGUGCAGCCUGCUUUGAAGCUGCCUUGAAGUACCUGGUACCAAAGCAGCAAUGCGCUAUUUUUUUAAAAAAAAUUUGCUUCUAGACUUUUUGAACGCAUUCCCUAGUCACAGCCUUCCCAAUGUCUCUAAAAUUAGGAUUGAGUUAUACUUGAUGAUGGUCACCUCAAUGUGCACUACAUGCAUUGAAAACUACUGGGCAGUAAUAAUAUGGUAUGAAAGCUUUUCUUGUGAUGUUUGAUUUGUGAUAGCCAUUUUGUACAUGCAUACUCCCACUUGAGCCAGCAACUAAGGGACAUGCAUAUGUGAACUCACUUUUAACUGGGCCACAGUGUGCUGCAAGGUGUCAGUAAAAUCCCAUAUUGUGUGUGGGUUUUUGUUCAUUGGUUUUUACAUUUUGGGGUAAAGGUUUGACACUGCAAUUACAGUGAGUGUUUCCACUUGGGGGGGAAAUAAAAGUUUUGUUUUUAAACAUCAACACUUAUGUCAAAUAAA